UCGAGAGUAAGAGUUCUAUCUUGAUCACGUGGUUGUUCUUAGUUAAAACGAGGCAUUCUUCCUUUCAGUCGGAAUCCGCCAUUGCACUACAUUGCAGUGGCUGCUAAACAUGCAGAUCUUCGUAAAAACCCUUACUGGCAAGACCAUCACACUUGAGGUCGAACCCAGUGAUACUAUCGAAAAUGUCAAGGCAAAAAUUCAAGAUAAGGAGGGAAUUCCUCCAGAUCAGCAAAGAUUGAUCUUUGCUGGUAAGCAACUUGAGGAUGGCCGUACGCUGUCAGACUACAACAUUCAAAAGGAGUCAACCCUUCAUUUGGUCCUUCGUUUGCGAGGUGGUGCCAAGAAGCGCAAGAAGAAGAAUUACACCACUCCCAAAAAGAAUAAGCAUAAGAAGAAGAAGGUUAAGUUGGCAGUUUUGAAAUAUUACAAGGUUGAUGAAAAUGGUAAAAUCACUCGUCUGCGUCGUGAGUGUCCCAAUGAGGAAUGUGGAGCUGGUGUGUUUAUGGCCUCACACUUUGAUAGGCAUUAUUGCGGCAAAUGCUAUCUAACAUAUGUCUUCAAUAAGCCAGAGGAGAGGCAGUAAAUUGUAAACAGUGGGAAUAAACUAUGUAUAUUUAAA